UGAAGCUUUUAUUAGCACAAAGAGGCACUUCCUAUUCACGGGGGCUUUGGGCCCUCAGAUACCCACAGGAACCAUGAAAAUAAAUUUUAAGAAAGCAAGCUCCUCCCACAAGCCGGAAACGCCAGUGACUCCCUAGUCACGUGACGUCCACGCGCCAAAGGCCAAGAUGAAGAAAUAAAAGCGCGGGCUUCUUUAGACUGAUCUUUAAAAUCGGCCUUGGGGUAGCUGGGACGUACCCUGACGGAGGAUCAUUUUCCAUCUCCUUCGCUUCUGCUUUCCGCACGGUUAACGAGAUCGCAGCAUUCUCUGCAGUGGCUACCGGGAUCGCAUUGCUCCUUAAUCAACUUCCGCCCAUGUUCAAGAUGGCAGUUGAGCAGCCGUGCUAACCUUUACGGGGCUGGGCCGCAUUUGACGUUUGUGCUCGUAGGGGGUGGAACGGCUACUAAGCAGCGAAUGCUGGAGCUGCAGUCUGAGAGUCAACCAUGGACUGGAAAGAAAUUCUUCGCCGGCGGUUAGCGACGCCCAACACCGGUCCAAACAAAAAAAAAAGUGAACAAGAAUUAAAAGAUGAAGAAAUGGAUUUAUUUACCAAAUAUUAUUCAGAGUGGAAAGGAGGAGGAAAAAACACAAAUGAAUUCUAUAAAACCAUUCCUCGAUUUUAUUAUAGGCUGCCAGCUGAAGAUGAAGUCUUGCUACAGAAAUUAAGAGAGGAAUCAAGAGCUGUCUUUCUGCAAAGGAAAAGCAGAGAACUGUUAGAUAAUGAAGAGCUACAGAACUUAUGGUUUUUGCUGGACAAACAUCAGACACCACCUAUGAUUGGAGAGGAAGCAAUGAUUAAUUAUGAAAAUUUUUUGAAAGUCGGUGAAAAAGCUGGACCAAAGUGCAAGCAAUUUUUCACAGCAAAAGUGUUUGCCAAACUUCUUCAUACAGAUUCUUAUGGAAGAAUUUCCAUCAUGCAGUUCUUUAAUUAUGUCAUGAGAAAAGUUUGGCUUCAUCAAACAAGAAUAGGACUCAGUUUAUAUGAUGUUGCUGGACAAGGGUAUCUUCGGGAAUCCGAUUUAGAAAACUACAUAUUGGAACUUAUCCCCACUUUGCCACAAUUAGAUGGGCUGGAAAAAUCUUUUUACUCCUUUUAUGUUUGUACAGCAGUUAGGAAGUUUUUCUUCUUUUUAGAUCCUCUAAGAACAGGAAAAAUAAAAAUUCAAGAUAUUUUAGCAUGCAGCUUUCUAGAUGAUCUACUAGAGUUAAGGGAUGAAGAACUAUCAAAGGAAAGUCAAGAAACAAAUUGGUUUUCUGCACCUUCUGCCCUGAGGGUUUAUGGCCAGUAUUUGAAUCUUGAUAAGGAUCACAAUGGCAUGCUCAGUAAAGAAGAACUUUCCCGCUAUGGAACAGCAACCAUGACCAAUGUCUUCCUUGACCGAGUUUUCCAGGAGUGUCUCACUUAUGAUGGAGAAAUGGAUUAUAAGACUUACCUGGACUUUGUUCUUGCACUAGAAAACCGAAAAGAACCUGCAGCUCUGCAAUAUAUUUUCAAAUUGCUUGAUAUUGAGAACAAAGGAUAUCUGAAUGUCUUUUCCCUUAAUUAUUUUUUUAGGGCUAUACAAGAACUAAUGAAAAUCCAUGGACAAGAUCCUGUUUCAUUUCAAGAUGUCAAGGAUGAAAUAUUUGAUAUGGUAAAACCAAAGGACCCUUUAAAAAUCUCUCUUCAGGAUUUAAUUAAUAGUAAUCAAGGAGAUACAGUCACCACCAUUCUCAUUGAUCUCAAUGGCUUCUGGACUUAUGAGAAUAGAGAAGCCCUCGUUGCAAAUGACACUGAAAAUUCAGUAGAACUUGAUGAUACAUGAUCUUUAGAAGACUAGACUAUUGAUAAAGAUAAGCUUGAAUGUUGCAUUAAGAACCUUUGCAGCAGGAUUCUUAGAAAUGGUCUAAAUAAAAUACUUCUCUCUCUAGAAUACAGCA